UUGCAUUAGCUGCCUUUGGUACACUAGGGCCUCAGGCGUCCGUGCACAGCCAUUAAGGACACGCAAAAAACUACGCAGGCUAAUUCAGCCAAUUAAAAUCGGCCAUUGAGGACUUACCAAUAUACGUCUUCCCUCGUCAUGUGACUAAAUAUUAUAAACUAACUAUAAAUCGGAAGCAUGAUGACGGGAAGCGAAAGAUAAAAGGGAGAAAAUAUACAUUACUAACGAUGAUAUAUGAUGGUUGCAGAAGUAUCCUGAUUUAACGGUGGAUGAAAACUGGUGGUGGAGGAGAUAGGCGAAGCCAUUACCGGACAGAGGAUAGGAGGGCUGGCCGCGGCGGGGUGGGAUUUCAGCCUGGAGAGAGGCGGUCUUAACCGCUGCUCCUAGCUGGGGCCCUGGGGUUCAAGUGAGGUGAGGUGAAGUCCUGGGCUGAACUCGCCGGCAGAAGAAACAAAUAAAGGCUGCGGCGUCCACGGCGGAGCAGAGAGGAGCGGGACGGGGAAGGAGAGCGACUGACGCCGUGCGGGGUUUAUGCUGCGCGCCGGGGCUGUUAGAGCAGCGCGGAAGAGGAGCUGCUGUUGCCGGACAGGUGGAGCCCUCUCUGCACGGAAUAGCCGACUCGGCUGUAAAAAAUAAAUAAAUCGUUCGCCCCGAGCCCAAUUAAUUCACUCAGCUCCCGAAAUUAACACCGUCUCCGUUGACUUACAAUUCAUAUUAUUCACAAAUUGGGCACAUAGGGCCCAAUGAGUUUGUGUUGAAGGAGGAGUCACAAGACACGAUGGAGCCAAGUGCUGCUGUACUGGUGUCUCCCGUGCCCUCGAGCACGGCGGGUCUGGAGGCGGGAUCUUCAGAUGGAGCUUUGUCCUUCACGGAUGAGGCGGUGUCCAUCCUCACAUCCAACAGCCUGCUAGCCCGAUCGCUGCUGGGUCGCUCGUCGGCACUGAAGCGUAAGGAAAGCCCCAGUGGCAGCAGUAAUGGCGGCAACCGCCGUAAGCGUGAGUUCAUCCCCGAUGAAAAGAAGGAUGAAGGCUACUGGGACAAGCGCAAGAAGAACAAUGAGGCAGCCAAGCGCUCACGGGAGAAGAGGCGCGUCAACGACAUGGUGCUGGAGAGCCGCGUGAUGGCGUUGCUUGAAGAGAACGCCAGGCUGCGGGCGGAGCUGUUGGCCCUCAAGUUCCGCUUCGGAUUGGUCAAAGACCCUUCGGACGUGCACGUGCUGCCCCUGGCCACCCCCACGUGUGCCCAGGCACCCUCUGCUACUCGCUACUUUGUCCCCCGUAGUGAGGGAGCCCAGCCCAGCCCGCCGGCGCCCCCUCAGCCUGCACCUCCUCACGGCUGCCUGUACAGCGGACGAGGAGUCCGCGACAACAGCAGCCUGUCCGAAGAUUCCGGCUUCUCCACGCCCGGUGGCUCCAGCGUGGGCAGCCCCGUGUUCUUCGAUGACCGGAUGAGCGAGCACGGCAAGAUGUCACCACACGGCGGGGAGGAGCCGGGCUUUGAGCCCCACCACUGCCCCAUGGGGAUGGCCGGCGAGGGACUCCCCAGCGGUGGCCCGGCGGGGCUCUACCCUGGAGAUAUGUCACGCGACAUGGUGACCAGGGUGGACUCUGGGGAGACAAUGAAGAGCUUGCCACACAAACUGCGUUUCAAGGUGGCGGGAGGUGGGGAUGGUGGCGACGUGGGCGGGGCACCGCCAGAGCCCAGACGCAGCCCCGUGCAGUUGGCCGUGAUGCGAGAGCCAAUGAGGAGUCCCACCUUCUUUGCGGGCCCCGAGGGCCCCGCCGUGUGGCAGCAGCACCUGAGGGAGGAGGGACGCGGGGGCCGGCCCUCCCAGGAGCAGCAAUAUGGCCCCCAGCCGACCGGGUACGGCGUAGUGACCCACAGGGGCCAGACGGACUCGCAGUAUCACAUGGAGAACCGCGCCCUUCGCUGCCAGCUCAGCUCCCUCAGCGAGGAAGUGGCCCAGCUCAAGAGGCUGUUCUCUCAGCAGCUGCUCUCCAAGGCAAAAUAAGAGCCCAAAAGGGACUGGCUCGCUACCUCGUUCAGCAGAAGGACCCGUUACUGGGGCAGAGCACUAAGCAGGAGGACGGGGGCGCCCCAACCUCAAAGAAAAUGACAUGGGAAUGGGGGCGGGGCUGCAGUCUUCUAAACAUUUACAGUGACACUGUGCCAUGGGACCAGCUUAAACUCUGACCCCCCCACCUUCUAAACACCACAGCCAAUCACUGCCAGUAGAUACUGCUUAUCCGCAAGAUGUUUUGUAUAAAUAACGGCACGUGGUGUUAAAUCUGCUUGUAACACUGUACUGUUACUACUGUUUCAUCCUCUUCCUCUGACACUGUAAGAACUGCUGAGAUUAAACAAAAAAAAACACCUCUCAGUCUAUAUAUACUCGUAUUAUGUUAAGCUUGGCUUUGGUGUCCAUUCAGGAAACCUCACAACGUGAGGCCCAUUUAAUGUUACAUUACUCAGUUUUCUACGUUUCUAUUGUGAUUAUGAUGCGUUAUGAGGGGAAUGCAUUUCAUAGGCCAGAGAAAGCCAGGUGGUUUCCCCCACAGGGGAUCAGUAAUGUUCCAUCUUAUCUUAUGUGGUCGUCGAACACGCCUUGAGGUAACGUGUGUGUUUAUGUGUUUGUAUAUGACAGAGAGGUAGGCAGCCAAUGAAGACAGACAGCUGAAGGCCCGGGUACAAGGAUCCCCACGCCAAAGCAAAUCUUUUGCAUCCUCUGUACUACAUUUCAGAGCAUCUUGUGCUGUGUUUCACGUAUGACAGAAUGUGCAAUGGCUGGAGACACAAUGGAGAGAUAAAGAGCGCCUGUACCAUGCCAAUGGAAGGACAGGAAGUACACCUGCCAGGGACAGUAACCAGACUAAAGAUCUCGGACUCUCCUCUGGUGCUUCAGUUUCCAUGGCUGCGUGGGAAAUCUCAGCUCAGAGCCGCGUCCUUCCAGAACAGCCACGAUUAGUACACUGAAAUCAUUCUGCAGUGCAUGCCCUUGGAAACAGCAUGAAAAAGUCAUCAAUGAUAUUCUUUUUGGUUUUCUGAGAAUACAUUGUUUUAUCAUCACAGAUUUUUUUCCCCCAAAUCCAACUACUUUAGUUAAAAGCCAUGCACUGUCAGUAUCAAUUUGUUUUAAUCACCUGUUUGUCCGUAAUGUCUAUCUAUUAUGUAAUAUAAUGUUCUGUACAUUUUAGGAACAAUGUAAAUAAAUGGUUUUUUUUU